GUGCUAUCACCUGCGCAUCGCCAUCUGUAGAGGACGCUCUCGGCACAGGCUCAGCCGCAGCGCACUGAUCACUGUCGCGAUGGGGCUGGCGAGCAGCGGCAGCGGCGAGCGAGCGGGUAGCGAGCGCAGCGUGGCCCAUCACCUUCACGAGUGGUACAGGAAGUUCAUGCGCGAGUGCCCGAGCGGAAUGAUCACGCAGCACGAGUUCAGGCGCCACGUGUGCGCCGCGGGGGCGCUGGGCCCCGGCUCGGCCGAGUACGCGGAGCGCCUCUUCAGCACCAUGGACACCAACGCGGACGGCGCCGUGGAUUUCUUGGAGUUCGUGACGGCGCUCAGCCUCCUGCUCGAGGGCUCGCCCCAGCAGAGGCUCCACUGGUCCUUCCAGCUGUGCGACCGGGACAGCGAUGGGGCCAUCACCAGAGCCGAGAUGUUGGAGAUCAUGAACGCCGUGUGCCGGAUCGACGUGGCCCUGGGUGGCGGACACGGCUCCCUGGGCCCUGUGGAGUGCACGGAGCGCAUCUUUGCCGGCCUCGACAAGGAUCACGACGCGCUCAUCACCCUGGAGGAGUUCACGGAAGGCGCCAUGGCGGAUGCGUGGCUCCUCAGCACCCUGCAGUGCGACCCGGCUCGCAUGCGCGUCCAACCCAAAUCCUGCUGAGUCGAAGUCAAGGGGAGGGGGCACCCCCCACCCCCCCACGCCUCCUCCCCUCUCCCCCUCGUUCUCCCGCUCCUCCACCUGAGCCGGGUGUUAGGGAUAGAGUUGAGGGGUAGGGGCUUUGCCAGUCGGGGUCUAUUGAGCCCUCUGCUGCGGCAGAGGGCCCACGUGGUCGCGUGAUUAUCCACUCCUCACAGCGGCGCGUGGAGGAGUCCUAUCGAGGUGCACAGAGUUGAAUCAGACGUCCGUUCUACGGCCACGUCAACACAUUAAUUCGAAUUUUGGAUUAGUGUGCCAGGGCAGGAUCCUCAUGCCCAGGGGCCUGAGACACGGUGUGUGCUUGCUUUGCUUGAAUCAUUUAGAACGUUGUCGUUAUUCACGAGAAUUAUAGGGGCACGUUGGUGAAUAGUUGAAGGUUUGUUAUCGUGUGUGGCUUUGAUGAACGGAUUUUUUUGUUUGUUAUAUAUUCAUCGUAUUACGGUUAACAACUGGUUCGUAAGAAAUUUAAUCCUAAAUAAUCAAUUGGCUAAACACCCAAGCAGAAUUAAUCAGUGAGAAUAAUCCGGAUUAAAACAGAUGGAUAUGAAUCAACUAUGCGUUUAAUUAUACUUUUUUUAAAUCUCAAGGGCAUCUGGUGGCAACAUGGAUAGACAAUGAUGGGCAACAGGUCUCGUUUGACACCGCCACGUGCUCAGGGCGUGCCCUUUAUUACGAUCUGGCCCUUGUUGUCGAGGCCACAUCGCUUAGAGACUGGUCCUGCCUGUGCUUGCAUAUUCCCCGAAGUUGUACAAUGAAUAUUCACAAGGACAGAUUUCUCUGAAAUACCACCCUUGUUACAUAUCUCACGGAUAGAUCUCGAUGCUCUGUUCAGCAAGGAGUGAGCCAAUUUAUUAAUUAUGAAUUUAGCUUGCUCGGUAAUUUCUUUUGUAUUGUUUUCAAAACUUUGUUACCAGCACACAAUCGCGUAUUCUUGUGAAUUAUAUCACAGAGUCACAGCUAGAGUGAGCCGUGUGUCAAGUGUCCACUGCAGAAACUCGUGUGACCUGGAGUUCCUGCCCCUGACAUGGCCCAAUCGAUAGCGUGUUGACUACUUGGUGCAGAAUUUUGCAGCUCGAACCAAGCAGGCCGCCCUAGUGACUAUAAAUUGUGCACCGUCCACUUCUAAGUAGAUAUUAAAUAUCCCAUGACGUUCUUGGAGAGAGAGAGAGAAAGAAGGCAAUCGUGUACCAACUCGCAUCGUCCAAAUCGUAUGUGCAGUUGGAAAAAUAUGACCCGAAUGUGACCGAAUUGUAAUAACGAGAUAGCAACACCUCUUCCCAUCGGCCAACGAUACCCAUUUGCAGACCGGUGUUGCCACUGGUGGUCCCCUAGGCUUGUCUUCCACAUGGAAAGGAACGGUUUAGCCGGGAUUUUAUGUCAGGUGCGUUCAGAUGCCGAGGCAUUUACGCAUCCGACAAAUGCAAAUCCUAAGUCUGUUCCUCGAGUUGUCUUCACAGCUUUCCUCCUCACCCCACCUCCACCCCCCCCCCCUCCCCAUGCCUGACAUUUAAACGUUCGUUAUUUAAUUUCGAAACACGCGGGGAACUCAGCUCAGAGCUGCCUCCUCACCCUCCUCCUUCCGCACAAUUCCCCCGUCGCUGCCCUCGGCGAUGCGUAAUUGGCGGAUGUUUUUGAAAGGGAAAUGAUGGCGACGUCUUCCUUCAUUACAUCUCUCGACGCGUGGGGGUGUGGUGGCGGUCGCGGUGGCGAGAUUCCUCACGGCUCGCUCACCUCGGCGAGGUGGAUCUCACAGAGUUUGGCAAACGUGAACGAUGACCAGUACGGGUCGUCAUCGCGAACAUCUUACACAAUCAGAAUCUUCAAUAUAAUAUUUAAUCAUCAUCGUAAUCGACACACAUUAUUAUUAUUCAUUGUAAAAUAUCAGCAGUUAAAAAUCAAUAUCAUCUUCAUCUUUCCACAUCAAAAGCACGCUGAGCAGUGACGCAGUGGCCAGCAGUUUAGCCACUGGUUGCAAAGGUUCGCUGUUCGGAACCCAGCGGCAGCCCUGGUUAUUACUGCGGUGGUGCUCGGUAUGAAUGAUAAUCAUACGCACCGUCUCUUUCACAGUUUACGUUGAAGAUUCCGUGACAAGUUGUCCAUUAUGUGCCGGCGUCUAUGGUUCAAAUUUCCAUAAUUUUAAAAAUGACGCUGCAAAUUACUCAAUUGGAAUAACGAAUACACGGCAAUCAUCGCCGCCUCCUGCAAAACAAAAUUGACAGAACCCUCCUGAAAGAGAGGCAUGAGACUCGACGAGGCUUACAUGGGAAAACAAGAAGCAUAACAAUUAUCGUCCAUCAUCAAAAACCAUCACCCAAGGCACCAUAAAACAUCAUCCAUUAUCACAAAUAAUUCUCAUCAUCAAGAACCCGAACUGUAUGAAAUACAUUUGUUUUGUAUCAACUGACAAGGCACAGGUUUGAUUUCCCAAGUGGGAAUGAAUUUAGGUGCACGUCAGGAACGUUACAAAUAAUGACGCGAACGUGAGACUCAAUCCCGUGUGGAUCACGGCCACGUGGCAUUGAGGGCGGUUAGGAGUUCCCCCCCCCCCCACCCAACCCUCCCCACCCACCCUGCAAAUCCUCCUCAUUUGUGGUCAUGAAUUAUUGGUGAAGUAGCUGCCAGCACGUCACGGGUCACUCACCAGGGCCUCCAGCAGCCGCGCGGUCUUCAUCCGCCAGUCCAGGGUGGGUGGGGGUGGGGGGGUGGCGAACAGGUGAGGGGUGAGCGGGGCUCUGCUGUGUUCACCAUCCACCCCCUGCCCCUUGCGCCCCCCCCCCCCCACUGCCGCCUGCGCCCGCCUCAGCUACAGCAAUAUUCGUCACACAUCAAUGCCGCAAUACGUGGUGGGAGUGGUGGCGAGGUGGUUUGUGCACUGCGCUAUGUGAACCCUUGUGGAAUAUUUUGACAUUUUUUAUUUGGGCACGCUUGUUUUUGUCCUGAUUUAUAUUUGCUUCUUUGCUGUUGUUUAGUUUUAUUUGUUCUGGCUCUUGUCAUGUUGGUGGCCCAGGAUCACUCUUGCAAUUGGCAUGUACCCUGGUCUCUUGGGUUCUCACCACGGCUAAUAUCUGUGGCGAGUAAUAUCUGGGCCGGUCCUGGUUCCGUUUUUCACCGUCCCGCAUUGACCCGAAUGGUGAAGUAUGGUCAAACAUAUCCCCAUGAACAACAUGGCAUGGUGGAGACCUUCAUCAGUGGAACGACAAAUGCCUUUAAAUAUCAAUCGAUUAAACAUAAAUUUGAAACAUUACAUUACAGCCAGUGUCCACUGCUGGACUAACAGGUUCAAUGUAUUUUCCUGUAAUGAGAUAAUUUUUCAAUCCACUGCUCGAUGAAUUAGACUGACAAAUAAUAAUAAUAAUACAAUUAUUUAGAUGUAUAAGUUGUCCUUAAACAAUGGAUCAGACAGCACCAUGCCCGCAAAGGGAAAAAAAUAAGUGAGAAGAAACUGUGGGGGGGGGGGGGGGGGGGCGUCUAUUGAGACACAAUAGAGACGUAGGGAGGAGGCAAUUUGUAACCAGUUGGUGGGGCCUCAGCUGGCAUUUAAAUGUCUCUAUCGACUCCGAGUUGCUCAUCUCGUGUUAGUGAACGUGUGUUAGCUAUGAACGCCAAUAAACCACCAUCCCUUGUGUGAGCGGAGUGCGACCGGCGUCUCUGGCUGGGGCGUCGUCGUCUGCGUGAA